UUAAAGUACUUAAGGUUUUUGGACAUAACUAUCUAAUAGAACGGCGCCAAUAACUUACUGAUAAAACUUAGUAUUAGGCCGACAGUUCGAUGCUCAACGCGCUAGAACCAUUCAAAAAAAGGACAUAAAAAAAGAGAUAAAUAUAGUACAGGGACUGAAAGAUGAUUAGCAGCGCUACAUCUAAGACUCAAGUCGGCAAAAAACGCGAGCAAUGUGGCUCCUGUCCCAAUCGCUUCUAUCGAGACAAACGCCAAGUGGUUGCUGAAGACUCGGAUACCACAGAGGUUGAGUCCUCCACUGAUGAAGAAGAUCGCUGGAAAGAGGUGGCACGAGCCGCCGAAAUACCAGCCGACUAUUACAACAUACAGAAGCUGGUGAAGUACAUCAAGGCGGGCAAUCAGACGGCCACAAUAGUAUCGCUGUGCUGCUUGAAGGACUAUGAUUUGCGCACGCAAAUCAAUCAGUUUGCCAUACAGGACAUUGGCGGCCUCGAUGUGCUGGUGAACAUCUUGGAGUGCAACGAUACCAAGUGCUGUCUGGGCGCACUCAGCGUGCUCGCCGAGAUCUCACUGAACAUUGACAUACGCAAGACGAUUGUUGAUCUCGAUGGCGUACCCUUGAUAGUGGAUGUCCUCAACUCUUCCAUGAAGGACCUGAAGACCAUGGCGGCCGAGACGCUGUCCAAUGUUAGCAAAGUGCGCUUAGCUAGAAAAUAUGUGCGUACCUGUGGAGGUAUACCCAAGUUGGUGGAUCUUUUGGAUAUUAAGUUAAACAUUUUACAAACUCCACGGGAACUACUUGCUAGCGAGGAAAGAGAAUCAUUGGAUAUGGCACGCGCUGGCGCCCGUGCUCUAUGGACCUUGGCCGAUUCGAAGCACAACAUGGAGCAGAUGCGGAAGAGUGGCAUUGUGCCGCUCAUGGCACGUCUCCUCAAGUCCGUGCACAUCGAUGUGGUCAUUCCGAUAAUGGGCACGGUGCAGAAAUGCGCAUCGGAGCCUAAGUUCCAGCUAGCCAUUACUACGGAGGGCAUGAUAGCCGACAUUGUGCUGCACCUAGCAUCAGAGAACACGGACCUGAAGACGCAGGGCAGCACGGCCAUAUACAAGUGUGCCUUCGACAAUACCACACGCGAUUUGGUGCGUGAAGCGAACGGCUUGGAGCCGCUGGUCACCAUCAUCAAGGAUAAGGCGUCACGCGAUAAUAAACCGCUGCUGCGUGGGGCUACUGGUGCCAUCUGGAUGUGUGCCAUGUCGGAUUUGAAUGUCAAGCAGUUCGAUUCCCUUCGUACAGUCAAUCAUUUGGUGGCCCUGCUCAAUGAUGAGUGCGAUGAGGUGCUAACCAACGUAACGGGCGCACUCUCCGAAUGCGUACGCUUCCAGAACAAUCGUGAGGCACUGCGUCAGGCCAAUGGAUUGCCAUCUAUGGUCUCAUUGCUCAACUCCUCGCACGCACCACUGCUCGAGAACUUGGCCAAGGCGAUCAAAGAGUGUGCUGAAGAUCCGGAAAGCAUGCGCGUCUUAGAGGAUUUGGAUGCAGUGCGCCUAGUCUGGUCUCUGCUCAAGAACAACAAUACUCGCGUGCAGGCCUACGCUGCCUAUGCCAUUUGUCCGUGCGUGAAGAAUGCCCGCGAAUCGGCGGAGCUGGUACGCAGUCUAGUGGGUGCCAUGGAACUUGUGGUGGGCCUCCUCAAGUCUAAGGAUAUGAUGGUUCUAUCCUCGGUGUGUGCAGCCAUUGCCACUAUAGCCAUCGAUCAAACCAAUCUAGCAAUUCUCACCGAUCUGCGUGUCAUCUAUAAACUGGCUGAUUUGGUUAACACCACCGACGACCUGCUCCGGCAGAAUUUGGCCGCUGCUGUGGCUGCCUGUGCCACCUUUGGUAACAAUACCGAAGAGCUGGGUCGCCUCCGCACUGUUACCCCCAUUGUCACUUACAUGACCAGCGAUGAUCCAAUGGUGCAUCGCAGCACGGCUAUGGCACUGGAGAAGUUAUCUAUGGAUCCACAAAAUUGUAUCACCAUGCACCAGAGCGGCGUUGUGCCCUUCCUUCUCGAGUGCGUCGGCUCCACCAACAAGGACCUGCAGUUGGCUGCUGCUGGUUGUCUGCGGAACAUACGCGAACUGGCGCUGCGUGCUGAGGAGUACAUGCUUAAGAUUGACGAGGACUAGACGCCAGUUGCUGGGUCGGUCGGCCUUUCAUCAUCCCCCCAUCAUUAAGAAAGUUUGGUGUUUCUUGUUCAAAUUGUUGCACGUGCAAAUAAACGUAAUCGGAUUGUUUGAAAACAUCUA